AUGGCGAUUAUUAUCACACGCUUAUCAGACGCUUCUCUGCGCCCUCUUCAUCUCUCGUCGUCUCCGAGCCAAGCCGAGCCCAAGCCGAGCUCAAGCCAGAGCCGAGAGCCUCAGAUGCUCUCCUACCGGCUGAAGCGCACCUGCGCCUCCCAGGUGAGAAACAAGCAACGAUUGUCCCAACUCGCCCGUUCUGAGCAUCCUUACCAUUGUCCUCACCAUGCCGAC